AUGCCUGCGCUUGACGUCGGAAACCCAGGCGUUCCCGCCGUGGUGAGCGUCGGUAAGCUCUUCGACGAUCUCCUCGGCGAGGCCGCCGCCGCGAAGCAGACCGACACCAUCGAACCCGCCGUCAGCCCGUCCGACUUCAUAGAUCUAUCGUCGCGCAUUAUCGCAGCAUCAACAAGCGAUGUCGCAGCCAGCGAUGAACCUGGCGAGGCCACACAAGGGGUUGACAAGUCUCGACAGUUCGCGGUGGUUGAGACGGCCGCGAGGGACUUGUUUGACCAGCUCAUUGCUUCCACUUCGAUCGACUCGCCGGAAUUUGUCAAGAUGUGGAAUUUGCUAGAUGUUCUUUCCAUGCUAUCAGACAAUGGCCAGUGCGACCCGGCCUUGAUGUUCUGGCUGGUGGAAGAGCUGCUGGACAGCCAAACGAUCGCCGGAUGCCGAAAGGUUUUCGAUUAUCUCGAGUCGAGACGCGAUCGCAUUACAGUCAAUCACUUCAAGCAAAAACAGCUUGUCAUCUUGCGGAGCUGUAAUGAACUUUUGCGCCGCCUUUCUCGCGCCGAGGACACGGCCUUCUGCGGCAGGGUCUUCAUCUUUCUCUUCCAGAGCUUUCCUCUCGGCGACAGGAGCUCUGUGAAUCUCCGAGGCGAAUACCACGUUGAAAAUGUCACGAGGUAUGAGACGGAUGAUCUGGAGGGAGAAACGAAGAUGGAUAUCGACGACCAAGCGAAGACACCAAAGGAGUCUCCGGACUCUAAGACCACUGCGAAAGGGGUCUCGUUUGGUUCCAAGGACACACUCGAGCCCGACGCUCUUUACCCUCUAUUCUGGUCGUUACAAGAGAGUUUCAGUCAGCCGUUGAAGCUAUUCGACGUUGCCCAUUUCAACAAGUUUAAAACCAGCUUGGAUGCCACCAUGAAAGCGUUCCAUGCGUUGACGAGCGCCGAAGGACCCAUGUCCUCGAGGACGUCCGAAAACAUGAGGAGAAAUUUGAAACGCAAAAGAGAGGAGGAAGAUGAAAAACCCGGCGAUACCCCCGAGACGUUCAACCCCAAGUAUCUGACGAGCAAAGAUCUUUUCGAAUUAGAGAUAGGCGAUUUGUCUUUCCGGAGGCAUGUCUUGGUCCAGGCGCUCAUCAUCACCGACUUCAUCUUGUCCAUGUCUGCAGGCGCAAAAGAGAAGCUGGCAAACAUGGUCGCUUCCAACAAAUCAGUCAUGUACAACGACCAACUGAAUGAUGAAAACACGAAAUGGGCCACAGACAUGAAGAUGACAAUCUCGGACUACCUGAAGAGAGGGCCUGAUGGCCCAUACUUCUACAGGAUGGUCGAAACUGUGCUGGCUAGGGACAAGAACUGGGUCUUUUGGAAGAUGGCCAGUUGCCCGCCUAUUCAGCGGGAGCCCGUCUCCGACGAGUCGUUCAACGAAUCCAAGGGCGUGGCCCAGCGUAUGGCCACAAACAAGCGACUUCGGCAAACACCGAUGGGCUCAGUAUCCAUGGAGUUUCUGCGAGAUGACGACCGCAAGCUGGCGAUGGAUAACCUCCGGUCAGCAGAGAGAUAUCAACUACCAGAGCUUGACGACUUCAAGAGAAAGAUCGCGGAUGACGACUUCGAGAUCAGCAUGCCGACAAAUGACCAGACCAAGGCCGAUGCAGUAGCCGGCAAGGCUAGCAAGAGCUGGAGAGCCCUUCGCAUAGCCGGACGCAUGAAGUUGGCGGCGUUUGAUAAGAUCGACGACCCCAAGACCAUUGAACCUGUGUUUCAGGAACUUGACGAAGAUGGCGACGAGGACGAGAUGGAAGAGGAUGCGGCCCGAGAAGAGGAUAUGCCCGAAGACCGCGGCACAAUCAUCGUCUGCACCCUCGCCGGGGCAGGCAAGUCGGCGCUGGUGGCGAAACUGAUGGAGCGCCAUACCGGCGUUUUCACACCCGUGGUGCGACACACCACACGGGAACCACUCGACGGCGAAGUGAAGGGCAAACACUUCCAUUUCGUCACCGUUCCAGAGUUCAAUCAGCUUCGGGAUGGCGAUCGCCUGCUCGAAUAUGGCACACGGGACGGCACUGAGUACGGCACCAGCACAAAGGCAGUUGAAGCUGUCACGGAAUCUGGCAAAGUUCCGAUCAUUGAAUUGGAUCUCGAGGCCACUCAGUUCGCAAAGGACAUGGAUUUCGAGGCACGCUACGUUCUAGACAACCCCUCGUCUGCCGAUGCCUUGCGCCAACGCCUCGCGAGCUCCGGCCACGACGAGGCGGCAAUAACGGCCUUCCUCGCCAAGCAAACCGCGCCGCCGGACGAGGGUAAGGUUGCGGAGUUAUUUGACAAGGUCAUUCAGGAGGAUGAGAUUGAGUCAGCCGUACAAACUCUCAGUGCCUACGUCUUCAAACAGGCAUCUGGUGAGGCCGGAACAGCGACGCAAUCGCAAGGCGGUGAGGAUACAGUGAUUGUCGAUUCCAACACCAAUGUCGCCGGGGAAACCAACGGCGAUGCUGCCAAUGCAAAGGCUCAUACGGACGGUGGCGAGGAGGCACAAGGCGAUGGCGCGGAACAGCCUGACGGCGACACAAACAUGACCGACGCCCAGCCAGAGAAGCCGGAAGGUGAGCGUGUUGACUCCGAGGGCCCAUCCAUCGUUGUCAAGACCUGA